ACCUCCACAAUGACUUCCAUUGGCACUGGCUACGAUCUUUCUGCGAGUACAUAUUCACCCGAUGGACGCAUAUUCCAGGUAGAAUACGCUAAUAAAGCCGUCGAGAAUUCAGGGACAGCGAUUGGUUUGAAAGUGAAAGAUGGCAUCGUACUCGCUGUGGAGAAGCUCGUGCACUCCAAACUUCUAGUUCCCGACGCGAACAGGCGAAUCCAGACUAUAGAUCGACAUAUUGGCCUGGCUACUGCUGGCCUUCUCGCAGAUGGAAGACACUUGUCGAACAGAGCCCGUGACGAAGCCUCGAAUUACCGUGACACGUACAACUCAGCCCCACCACUGAAAGCUGUUGCAGAUCGUCUGGGUCUCUACGUGCAAGCAUACACGCUCUAUUCUUCCGUUCGUCCGUUUGGAAUCAGCACUAUCCUGGGUGCCGUAGACAAAGACGGCCCUUCACUCUUUGUCGUGGAACCCAGCGGUGUCUUUUUUGGAUACAACGGCGCUGCAGUUGGCAAAGGCCGCCAGUUGGCAAAGACAGAGCUUGAGAAGCUGAAUCUUACAGAACUGUCGACGCGUGAAGCUGUCAUGGAAGCUGCGCGAAUAAUUUAUCUUGUGCAUGAAGAUGCGAAGGAGAAAGAGUUCGAACUUGAAAUGUCAUGGAUUGGGUCUGAGAGCGGGGGAGUGCAUGUGCAUGUCCCAAAGGACUUGCUUCAAGAAGCGGAAGCCGCUGCGAAGGCUGCAUUAGAGAAUUUCGAGUGAAUGUCUUAGUGAUGCACGAUAUAAUCUAACGAUUUCUCGG